AUGAUGCUGAACUCGGACCAGGCUGCUCUGGACGCGGCCCCGCCGCGCUCCGGCCCCGACCCGGCUCCCGGCGCCGCUCCCGGUGCCGCCGGGCUGGCCCUGCCCGAGGAGCCGGCGCGGAAGGAGCCGCUGAGCCGCGAGGAGCGGCGGCGGCGGCGCCGGGCCACGGCCAAGUACCGCACGGCGCACGCCACGCGCGAGCGCAUCCGCGUGGAGGCGUUCAACGUGGCGUUCGCCGAGCUGCGGCGGCUGCUGCCCACGCUGCCGCCCGACAAGAAGCUGUCCAAGAUCGAGAUCCUGCGCCUGGCCAUCUGCUACAUCUCCUACCUGAACCACGUCCUGGAUGUGUGACCGUCCGUGUGUCUGUCCGUGUGUCCAUCUG